CAGGAUAGAUAAUUUCUAUACCUUUUUGGAUUUCUUUUAUUUAACCUGUAUUCGGAUUAGUAACUGAUUAUAUUGGUAAAAGAGUUUUUGGUUUGAUUUUCGCAGGUUUAUUAGGACUUUCUACAAUGCUUGUGCUUUAUUUUGGAUAAGAAAGUUUGUUUUUGGUUGUUUUAGCUUUAAUUAUCUUUGGAUUAUAUUUAACAACUGCUACUACUUAUUUAUAUCCUACAAUUCCUUUAUUAU